AUGAACAAGAUGUCGAAGAAAGGUCUCGGUAGCCGAUUCGAAUGGGUAAGAAAUAAGAAAGGAAAGAUGCCACCACCACACCGUAUAUUCAUGGAUGCCGUAGAGCUCAUGGUCAUUGGUGGGCCACAUCCCAAUACGAAGUCUCAAUCGUUAGAUGUCGACGUACUAUUAAUGGGUCCCGCCUGA